AAAAAAAAAAAACAGAUGUCUUCUGUGGCUUUCAAUUAUUCUGGCUAAUCAUGCUUGCCAGCUUCACUCGGACUAGGCAGAGGGGGUAUGUCUAAAAAAGAAAAAUCUUUUUUCUUAAAAAUUAAAAGAAAAAGAAAAUAUAAACAAGGGGUAGCACCGUAGCAGCAGGAAUAUUGGUUUGUUGGUGAGGCUUGACAGGGAGAGUUUGAGGAGCUGAUGAUGGAGAUUUGGAGAAGGUGUCAUCUGGUAGUGACAGUGACAAUAUGCAUUCUGGGAUGUAUCAAUGGCGACACAGAUCCAAAUGAUGCUUCUGCUUUAAGAACCAUGUACAGCAGUUUAGGUUCACCAGGACAGUUAAGUCAAUGGAACUCUAAUGGUGGUGAUCCAUGUGGAGAGUCCUGGAAAGGCGUUACUUGCUCAGGCUCACGAGUCACAGAAAUUAAAUUAUCUGGUCUUCAACUUUCUGGAUCAUUUGGCUUCCAGCUCUCAAGUUUGACAGCAUUAACGUACCUAGACUUCAGCAAUAAUAAUCUUGUGGGUGGUAUACCUUAUGGACUUCCUCCAAAUCUGACACAAUUAAAUCUUUCCAAUAAUCAGUUUACUGGAGACAUCCCCUAUUCCAUUUCUGGGCUGACUAAGCUCACAUAUCUGAAUGUAGCUCACAAUCAGCUUCGGAAUCAAUUGUAUGACAUGUUUGGCAAGCUUUCUUCCCUCUCCACACUGGAUAUCUCCUUCAACCAACUGCCAGGUAAUCUACCUCAGAGUUUUGGCAACCUUUCAAGCAUGACCACAAUGUAUUUGCAAAACAACCAGUUCACAGGCACUAUUGAUGUCCUUGCCAAUCUUCCUCUCAACAAUCUGAAUGUUGCCAAUAAUCAUUUUACUGGAUGGGUCCCUGAACAGUUGAAGGACAUUAAUUUACAGAUGGACGGUAAUAAUUGGAACUCGGGGCCUGCACCCCCACCUCCGCCAGGUACACCUCCAGCCCACAGAAACCCAGGUCAUAAAUCUGGUGGCAACAGUCCAUCUGAUAGUGAUGCUGGUAGUGGCAGCAAAAAAUCAGGGAUUGGAGGUGGUGGCAUAGCUGGAAUAGUAAUAUCCAUCUUUGUUAUUGGGGGGAUUAUAGCAUUCUUCUUUGUGAAGAAAAGAUCCAAGAGGUCAUCUACAGAUGUAGAGAAGUUUGAUAAUCAGCCAUUAGCACUUCAUUCUUCAAAUAAAGUACAAGAAAUAAAGUCUAUACAAACUUCCUUCACAGCCAAUUCAAAGACAUUUGAUACCUCAGCCUCCAUAAAUCUUAGACCCCCUCCUAUCGAUUGCCAUAAAUCAUUUGAUGAUGAUGAUUUUUCAAACAAGCCUGUUGUUGUCAAGAAACAGGUUACAGCUCCUACAAAUGUAACACUAUACUCCAUAGCAGACCUGCAGAUAGCCACUGGCAGCUUCAGUAUCGACAACCUUCUUGGAGAGGGGUCUUUUGGUCGUGUUUAUCGAGCUCAUUUUGAUGAUGGGAAGGUUCUUGCUGUGAAGAAAAUAGAUUCAUCCAUUCUUACCUAUGAUAUGAAUGAUGAUUUUAUGGAGAUGGUUUCAAAAAUCUCCGAGUUACAUCACCCAAAUGUGACAGAGCUUGUGGGUUAUUGUUCAGAGCAUGGGCAGCACCUGCUGGUCUAUGAGUUCCAUAAAAAUGGGUCGCUACAUGACUUCCUGCAUCUUUCAGAUGAAUACAGCAAGCCUUUGAUAUGGAAUUCCCGUGUCAAGAUAGCUUUGGGGACAGCUCGUGCAUUAGAGUACCUGCAUGAAGUGUGCUCACCAUCUGUUAUUCACAAAAAUAUCAAGUCAGCAAACAUCCUGCUAGGCGCUGAGCUCAAUCCUCACCUUUCAGACUCUGGCCUAGCAAAAUUUCUUCCAAACGCAGAUCAGGUAUUGAACCAUGAUGCAGGAUCUGGAUAUGGUGCGCCUGAGGUAGCCAUGUCUGGUCAAUAUACUCUCAAGAGCGAUGUUUACAGUUUUGGAGUAGUCAUGUUAGAGCUUCUCACUGGACGUAAACCUUUUGACAGUUCAAGGCCAAGAUCUGAGCAAUCUUUGGUUCGAUGGGCCACGCCUCAGCUUCAUGACAUUGAUGCACUAUCUAAAAUGGUAGAUCCAGCUCUCAAAGGUCUCUAUCCUGUAAAAUCUCUCUCCCGCUUUGCCGAUGUUAUUGCCCUUUGUGUCCAGCCGGAGCCAGAGUUUCGACCGCCUAUGUCAGAAGUAGUUCAGGCAUUGGUCCGUCUUGUUCAGCGAGCUAACAUGAGCAAAAGGACAGUUGGAAAUGAUCAAGGAACCCCUCGGAAAGCAGAUAAUCCAGAUGCAUUUGAUUACAUGUCUUAGAUGGCAGCGAUACCUAUGGUUGCUUCUUGUUUGCUUCUUCAAGUUUGUUGAACAUAGGUUUUUAGUUAAUCUUCUUAUAUGGAAUACUUAGUAGAAUUAGGAACUUAAUACAUCUUCUUGUUGCAUUGGAUAAUGACUCUCAAUUCAGAUUCGGUGCUAAAUUUGUUGAAGACAUGGAACAUUAAUAUUGUAAAUGUAAACAUGCAUUAAAAGCUUUGGAAGUUGGAUUCCGCUCCAAUAUCAUAGAUUUUACUUUU